GAAUCAAAUUCAAACAGAUCGAUGUGUCAUGACCCUCAUUAUAGAACCGAACAAAGUCAGAUUUUCACAGAGGAGUAAAAGAUCUUCCAUCCUGUCUGAUGACAGGCAGUUUGUGGGGCCCGACUCUCGUCAGGAUCAAACCUCAAGCCUGGAGGAGAGCAGCAGUGGGUCCGGCCCCUGGCAGACUGCUAGUCUAGCUGAGUCCUGGGCAUCCAUUAGCGACAUGGAGCCAGAGCUUGGAAGUGAGAUUGUCCUAGUUCAAGAGGACCACAGUGAAAACCACUUCUCCGCCUCUGACAACAUCAUCCACCUAGAGGUGGAGCUCCAUCAGAGGGCGGAGUCAGAAGAGGAGGAGGAGCUUCAGAGCAGCGUGCUGAGCAUGAUUGGCAGUGAGAAGGAGCUGGAAGAGAUUGGAGAACGUCCUGCAGACUCAGAUCUCAAGCCUCCAGAGACUGUGGAGCUCCUGAUGUGUGUGGUGGAGGAAAUUGAGGCAGAGAUGGAUUCAGAGCCAGUUUUCACUCACACUCCUCUUCUGUCUGAGCCUUUAGAUUUUACGCUGGCUUCGGUUCCCAUACCUGAAAUCAUCUCACAGGUUUUAGAUAAUCUCCCACCCUCCACACUCACACACUCAGAGGAACCUCAUGCCUCUCAAUCAGGCUCUAUUAAUGCACCUAGUGUGUCAGCGUCAUCUUCAGAAGAGGUUGUUCCAAAGGCAGACCCGCUUUCAGCCGCACCCUUUGAACUCCCUGUACUGCUGGUUAGUGGCGCCGCCCUGGUGGCGGUAAUGGCAAUACUUACAUUUAACUUGAUUAGAAAGUAGCUGUAGAUCUUUUGAAUAGUUUCAAAAUUGUAGAACAAUUCAACAAAUUGUAUUACUGAUUAUGUGAUAUAAAAAAUUAGAAGGUUAUUAAAUAUUGUCGCUUGUCUUAUUUUGUAUUUUUACACACAUACACACAGACUAAACACAAUCUGAGACUCUGGA